AUGGGCAUAUGCCCAUUGCCUCAAAGACAAAUGUACUGGUCAAACAAUCCCAUGUACCAAAAUAGUGUCAUCAAGAAAACUAUGAGCAGAGACAGAUUUGACUGUCUCCUAAAAUGCCUACAUUUCCAAAAUAAUGAGGAACCAGCAACUGAAGAGCCUCGGUUGUGGAAAAUAAAGAAACUGCUCAAUCAUUUAAAUGCAAAAUUUGAAAGUCUGGUAACACCUGAAGAGUCACUAGUUAUUGACGAGUCUAUGGUUCCAUGGAGAGGGCGUUUGAUUUUUAAACAAUAUUUGCCAAAAAAGGCUCAUAAAUAUGGAGUCAAAAUUUACAAGAUUUGUACCACUGAUGGGUAUACUUUAAAAGCAAAAAUUUACGCUGGUAAGUCAGACGUAACUGCAAGAGAGGCACAUGCAGAUAAAAUUGUCAUGCAUUUGAUGGAAUCAUUUCUAAAUGAGGGUAGAACACUGUUUGCAGAUAACUUUUACAACUCCACAAGGUUGGCCAACACUCUGCUUGAGAAGAAAACUUAUGUUUGUGGCACCCUUCGAAGUGACCGAAAAGGCAAUCCAAAAGAAGUCACUAGCAAAAAAUUAGCCAAAGGUGAAGUAAUUUGUCAAGAAAGCAGUACAGGAGUAAAAGUACUUAAAUGGCAUGACAAAAGGCCUGUACUGAUGAUAACCACUCGCCCUGAAGACGUUUCUACUCUUGUGGCAAGCAAAAAAACAACAAAGAAAGGCGAGGUUGUCAUGAAACCAUCAUGUGUCAUGGCGUACAAUGCAGCAAAAAAAGGAGUGGACUUUUUCAGAUCAGAUGUCCUCUUAUUACACUCCUAUCAGAAAGACUCUCAUUUGGUACAAAAAAGUUGCACUGGAUCUUCUCCUAGGUACUUGUGUAGUGAAUGCACUAGUACUACAUAA